CUGGCAUGUUUUACUGCAGAGCAAGAGGAGCACACACACCGAGAGCCCCGAAAAUAACCAUAUAAAACCUUGGAGCUGUGAGACUAUAACACCAUGGCUACACACGCUAGCUUGUGCUGUCGCUUAUUCGACAGACAUACCAGCUUAACACAUUUAAGAAAACUCCUCGUCCAGUGCGUAAGCGGUAAUACCCAGCGUCUGUAUUCAGGUGCUACGCACAAGGAAAAUGAACUUGAACUUAGAGACUCGGCUUCAUCUGCUCCUAACUUCGCCUCAGCUCUCAAAACUAAGUCAAGACAGGUGAGGCUAAGAGAUGACAGCAUUCUACCCUUUUCAGCGUUUUUGACUGACAACUUUGGCCGGAGGCACAGCUACCUGCGCAUCUCCCUGACUGAGAAAUGCAACCUGCGCUGUCAGUACUGCAUGCCAGAGGAGGGGGUGAAGCUUACACCACGGGGCCAGCUGCUGUCCACCUCGGAGGUACUGACCCUGGCUCGUCUCUUCGUCCAGGAGGGGGUGGAGAAAAUCCGCCUCACUGGAGGAGAGCCCCUCAUCAGACCCGACGUGUUGGAUAUCAUCGCAGAACUGAGGAAGCUGGAGGGCCUGAAAACCAUUGCGGUGACAACCAACGGCAUAAACUUGGCCAGGCUUCUGCCCAAGCUGAAAGAAGCAGGCCUUGACCUGAUUAACAUCAGCCUGGAUUCACUGGUCCCUGCCAAAUUUGAAUUCAUUGUCAGGCGGAAAGGUACAAAAAAGUAUUUGACCCAUAAUAAGCUGCAAUACUGAAA